CUCCGCGGUUGCGAGGCGUAGUCGCUGUUCAAAUUUUGAGCAAGAUGAGAGCAUUGCUCGGAUCGAUAGCGUUCGCGGCCCUCCUGGCCUCUUGCAUCGCGACCUGUCAACCAGGAUUAGGUGGCCGACAAGACUAUUAUCAGUGCGAAGGACUGAAUGGCUUGGAUGAUUUACAGGUACCGCCCACUGCAAAGGGUAUCAACAUAAUAAAUUCAAACAUCAGCGUAAUAAAGACAGAUGCGUUCAGACAGUAUUCCAAUUCAUUGCUCGAACUGAACAUAACCGGCUGCGGAGUAGAAGAGAUACAGCCUGACGCCUUCCGCAACCUGACAAAGCUGCAGACGCUUGGUUUAGUGAACAAUAAAAUCCGUAGGAUCGACGCCUCGUGGAUCCGAGGAUUAUCGAAUUUGAAGGCGUUGAUUCUCUGGCGGAACAGUAUUGUCGACAUAGACCCGGCAAUUUAUGAUCUCCUGCCGGAGCUGCAUACUUGGGACAUAGCUUACAACGAGCUGAACGCAUGUCUAUCGCCGGACAUGCUGAGGAAGCUGAAGAAACUGAGGAGGAUCUUGAUCGCAGGGAACCCGUGGUCCUAUCGGUGUCGUUCGGCGAUGACUUGGUACUUAGGUACCCAUCACAUUCGCUUCAUCAAGGACUGGAGUAUCAGUGAUUUGUUGAUCGAAGAGUGUCAAGCUCACGAGUUGGGGGCAGAAGACGACGAUGCAAUCUUAAAUAAAUGCGUCGAUCGCAAGAUAGGUGCUUCAGACACGUUGCGGUAUGAAGUUGGCAGCUUGAACGAGCAGGUCCGUGAAUUGAGGAAGAAAGUGUCCGAUCUUGCGGCUGAUGUCGCUGCGUUGAAGAAAUCACAAAUGUAAUUGGAAACAUUUUCUACUGCCAUAUAGGAAAAUGGCAAUGCUAAAAAGACAGGGUAUCGAAGAUAAAGCAUUCCUUUCUGUUCAGUGCCCCCUAAAAAGGUUCUAAAGCUUCUGCAACUGUAUUAAUUCCAAAGUAAGCGAUUACAUCAUACAUACGCAAUAACCCAAAGAUUUAAAAUUGCUCUUUCAUUGCUGCAAAGUCUCGAACAUUUUAAUAAAACAGUAAGACUGAAUGUUUCAA